CGCCGGAAUGCGGCUCUGCCAGUCUUAGAACGAUAUCGCGUCCAAUCGGCAGGGAUUUCCGGUGAUUUGAAUUUGCGCGACCGGAGUGUAAAGGCGUAGGAAUAUCAGAAACGUCACAGAGUUUGGUGAUCGGGGUUUGUUUUUUGUGGGUACAGAGGUUUUGGCGCGAGCCACAUUGUUGCAGCAAAAAUGGAAACCCAAACACAGUUUGUUGGUAGAUAUAAGAAGGAUCUGAGCAUUGAAAACUUAAGAGCAAAAGUUGCUCGUCGUAAAUCCAUAACCCAAAAAGAAAGCCGGCAUAAUGAGUUUAAAAAAUGCAGGGGGCUGUCACUGGCAGAUGCCAAUGUUUCAGUGCUGAAGGAGUGUGAACUUCCGCCUCUGGAGGAGACCAAUGAAAGCUCCAUUCUUAAAGCACAGGAAACUACUUUGGUCGGCAAGUCCAAAGAGCACUUAAAUCAACGUCGUGAUAUGCUGCAGCGAUUUAAGGAGGAAAAGCAGCUGAGAAAACUAAAAGAGCAACGGGAAAAAGCAGCCAAAGGGGUUUUUAAAUGUGGAACUUACAAAUCCGAUGGGACCAUUCUUCCAGUGUGGGGCUCUCAGCCUACUGCCAAAAUAAAACCAAAGGAGAAGCAAGCUCCCCCUGCUGUUCCAAGAAUUACAAGGUCUAUGGCUAAAGCAGAGCCUGCAGGGAACAAAACCAACAAGACCCAGCAUGUGACAACUGUUCUUAACUCGAGCAAGAUUUCUGUUGAACGGGGCAUAACAAAAGGAUGUGGACAGAACUCUGCCCUAAAGAAACCUGUAACUAAAGUUGCUCCUUCUCAAAGAGGUGUUAGAGCUGCAGUUACUACAACUUCUACUACAAAACCUGCUCUCAGAAAUAAUGUUGUCACCAAGUCCCAGAAUAAGACUACCAAAGAAACAAAGACUAUAGAAAAUGCUAAGAAGUCUCAGAUUUCUGAGCAGCCAAAAUUAAAAGAAGCGAAACCAUUGCCGAAAGAAAAUGCUGUAGAAAUGGAGUCUUCCCUGGAAUCUCAUGAAGCACCACAUGAAAGGAAACCCUCAUUUGCUCCUCAGAACUUUGUGUUCAAGCCCAUGGAUGGUCUUUCACCUUACAAAUUUAAGCCUAUGACUCCUAGACGGGCUAAUGCAUUUCUUACUCCUUGUUUCAUAUGGAGCCCUUUGAAAGGGGAAAGGAAUAAUUUGCCAGUACCCCUAAUGUGCAACAAAGAGCAAACAGCUGUGGAGCAAGUGCCAGAGAGUUCUCAAGUGGAGAAAGUGCUUGCUUUGGAGCACAUGCCUGAGCCAGAGAGUUCUGAACUGGAAGUGGAACAUAAGUCUGAGCCAGAGAGUUCCGAACUGGAAGUGGAGCAUGGAGAGAAAGUGCUUCCUGUGGAGCAAAUCCCUGAGCCAGAGAGUUCUGACUUAGAAAUGGCCAAUCAUUCUGUUGAACAACAAAAAGUUCCAGCGGAUGUAUUCCUGACUGCAGCUGAUGCCCCAAUACUCCCUUCCUCGCCCACACCAAAUAUACAGAAGGAAAAUGAGCAGGAAGCACCUAAGGAGCCAGAGCAUGGUGUGCCAUAUUUCAGAGAUAUUCUGAAGUUCGAGAUCGGCAGGCUGUCUCUUUUGUGCUGCGAGUGGGAUAAAAGAAUUGAGAUGGAUAUCCCAGAGGAUGCCAAAGAUUUGAUCCGCACCACUGUUGGCCAGACUAGACUUCUGAUGAAUGAAAGGUUUAAGCAGUUUGAGGGCCUAGUGGAUAACUGUGAGUUCAAACGUGGUGACAAGGAGACCACAUGUACAGAUCUGGAGGGAUUCUGGGAUAUGAUCUAUUUUCAGAUAGAAGAUGUAAAAGCAAAGUUUGUUAAUCUUGGCAAGCUGGAGGAGAAUUCUUGGCAACAAAACACAGCCCCAACCAAAAAAAUCAUAAAGAAAAAGAUUGCCCCUGCUGCAACAUCAAAGUCAAGCCAAGGGGAUAAUGGCAGGGCUGCUGCUCGUAGUCGCCUCGCUGCUAUUAAAGCUGCCUUGAAAAACAAAGGAAAGCAGGAGGAGCCCAAUGUAGAGGCCCCAGCACUGCCUACCCAAGUUGAAGAAGUUGUGUUCGAUGCAGGGUUUUUUCGAGUCGCAAGCCCUGCCAAAGUUGCUAACAGUUUUAGGGCAAAAUGCAGUUCUUCUUGGUCAUCCCCUACUCCCCAGCCAAUCACAAGCUGUAUUCAACAGUCAGAGAAUUCCACAGGUGAACAAAUGACAGAAGCCACUCCAGCCACUGUAACAUCCCCCAUCAGGAAAUCACUGUUUGAGAACACAGAAGAAGAAAGUUUACAGAUUGAUGAAAUGCAUUCCGUACCUGUUGCUGAGACGGACAAGGCUGCCUGUGCCUUUCAAGUAGCCGACCUUACAAAAUACUUGGUUCCCACUGAGCAUUCCAGUUUCCAGCUGUGUGAGUCUCCGGUACCAGAGGAAGUGGGAAUGGCGCCUUCUAGAUCGGUGUUUGUGGAGGAGACUGCCGGGAUCUCUGUCUCAUUUGUGGAUGACGUUUUCACGUGUAGCCCACAGACAAAUGGUCCUCCAGCACAACCCACAUCUCCCCCUAGAGAAUCUGAUGGAGUUUGUGGCCCUCAAGAUGUAAAUGCGCUGAAUGAUCAUCUGGACUUCCUGGGAAGCUGUACGCCUUUCAAUAUGGUGAAUCGCGCUACGUUUAAAUGUGACGCAGUUACUACGGGCGACGAUUUGAUGGUGUUUUCACCGCUUCAGAAGUAAAAGAAGACGCAAAGGUCUUUAAAGCGGAAGUAUUGGACUCCUGAGAAUGGAAGAGUUUCACCAGAUGAGCCUAUUUAUUCUGAGCUAUUGAGUCUGUCAAUGAAUUGCUUGGGCGACUUUUAACUCUCUCUAUAAACUGUAUUAUAUUUUAUUGCUACAGCAACAUUUUACUUUGAAAACAGUAUUUGUAAUAUUUUUGCAUUUAGUGUGUGCGACUGGAAUGAGACAAUACACAAUGUGUUGAUCUAAA